AUGACGAGCUGGUUCGAGAGAGGUAGGCCGGCUCUAUUUGAAGCCCUCACGAGAGCUUGUGAGCAGAUUGAUCGCGAUCUGGUUGCUGAGCUCCAACAAAAAGGUCUUGAGAUAGGAAAUCAUGCGUGCUUGGGGAAUUUGUCAACUUCUGUCUCGCCUGCAGUUUCGUUUAAUGCAGAUUUCCAGCUGGUCACCGAAGCGCGUGACCAUGCCCAGGCCUCAACGCCUACACCUGGCAUAGGCGGUGGUGUAGACAGCAAAGCUCAUAAUGUGGAAGCUGCCCCUGAUGCCAGCGAUGAAGAAGAGAGAGACUGGAAGGCCGAAUAUGCCAAGCUGAGUGCGAGAUACAAUGCUCUUUCACACAACUUUAAAAAGGCAAGGGAUGCUCUUCAAAAACGGAAAGAUGAGCGGGACCGAUGGAUUCAGCACGCAACGUUGCUAGAGAAAAGAGCGAAGGCAGCAGAAGAAGAGCAUGGAAUUCGAAUCCUCGACCGAGAUCAGGCCAAAAGCAAGGGGAAGAAGCUAGAAGACACGGGAAAUCGAAGCAUCGCAUCUAUCCCAGACCCAGCAAUAAGUCGUGCGGCGCCCGAAGUCAACAAGGAGCCUGCUGACGGUUCCGACGAUGGCGCCUCUGUUGGGCCGGCUGAUUCGGAUUCUACUGAGAGCGUAACUACCCAGGACAAAUCGCAACAAGGCCUGCCACCGAUGCAAAUAGGGCCUGUGGUGGAAGAACCCUAUAUUAAGCAAGAGCCUUCCUCCGAAGGGGUUGAGUUUCUGGAAGAGCGGCCGCUUAAAAAGAGAAGAGGUGUUGAUGGCGACGUGGCACCGAGGACUCCUCUUAUCAAAACAGAAGCUGGCACGAACAGCUCAAGUCCAUUAGUUUCCCUUCACAGAUUCGAUUUCAAUCCUCAUGAAAGCCCAGACCUUGGCGAAACUGUGGCAGAGAUGGUCACCCCUCGCAAGCGAAAGGCAGUUCGCUAUGAGCCAGAGCAUAGUGUGCUUGAGGACGUUGGUCGCGUCGCAGAACUACCCCGACCGGCCGUCGACAGCCACAAGGCUGCUGAAAACAAGACGCAGCAAGGAAGGGAUCGAUUUACUUCGGCACUUACGCCCAUCGACCCUAAUAAACUAAGGCGUCCAAUGCAAACACCCAUUGCUCGUCUUGAAAAGCCACUUUCUAAAGAUAUUGGCCAUGGUAUUGCCAGGCUGGCGGAAGAUGGUGGCGGCUAUGGGUCGACAACACCAACCAUGCCAGCAACGGCCAAAUUGCCUUCAAAAGGCCGUUUAGAUCUGCUACUGAAUAGCCCGUCCGCUGACGAGCAGCUCCCCAUAUCUCGCACAGCGCCACGGCUUCGGGACAGGACUAAUAUCCUCCGUGACGAUUUACAUAUACCGAAACCUCGAGAAUUGCCGUUUGAUCGAGCAGAUCGCCAGACUCGGCCCAAAGGUGUGAAGACUCCGCCAGUCAUUCGAGGUCCCUGGGGCAACGUGCCGCCACCAAGCUCAGCACCGGAGGCAACCGGCAGUUUGGGCAUUUCGAGAUCAUCAGCAUCUAUGCUACGCAGUCGCUCACCCUCGAAACUAAAACUUGAUGAUUUCAAGAUCAACCCCCGAGUCAACGACGGCCACGAUUUCGCAUUUUCCGAGGUUGUUCGUGAUAGAAACGAAAGAGCAUGCUUGCCAGGCUGCGUGGAUAUGCAUUGCUGCGGAAAGACAUUCCGCGCACUGGCAUUAUCACAGCGUCCUGACCCUCCCCUGACCGCCGCGCAGAGAGCGGAAGAGACAAGGUUGCUGGAAGAGUAUCUCGGCGACGAAUGCGACAGAAUUCCAAGAUUGUCAUCAGAAGAAAGGGCCGAGUUGUGGUUGCAGGCCAAGACGCGUGAACUCGCAAACAAAUUCGGCAGGCAUAAACAUCGCUACUCCCGAAUGCAGUCACCACCAGGGUUCUGGAAUGCGGAUUUCCCGAGUACGCAGGAGUUGGAGGCGGAGAAGAGCGAGGCCUCCAAGAGAGAGAAGCAGACCGUCCAGGAGCGGUACAGAGAAGCGAUGCGCCCAGGAGGUAGAUGGGUAUUUCGGGACGAAUAA